CUGUGACGACGCACAGUAGGCGAUGCACAGUCAAUGUAGUCCCGUAAUUCCUUGUUUUAGUUUGGUGUCCAAAAAAGAUUCUUAAAUCGCCAUUUGACAACUGUGGUCAUGUGAUCCGCUUGAAACAAUGAAUGAAUCUCAGUCACAGACUGUUGCUGUCAAGUAGGACGACGUAGUAGCCGAGAAAGCUGAAUCGUGUCAAUUCCUCCAGCAAACCAGAUCUACCUACACAGUAGGCCAAUUUUUGUCAACGUCCUUGAAAAAUUAAUGUAGUAGUUGAUAGUUUUCUCCUUGCAUUUUCAUUUUACCUAGGCAGUGCACUGCCUUUUUGUUAUAUAAAAUAAGUCGUUCUUUUUAAGAAAGUGUAUAUGUCCUCUUAUUGUCUAGUAAUAAGAGAAGACGACUCGAUGUCCUUUUAAAACCACGGUCAAACGUUAGGUUCUCUUGAUGCUAUUUUGAAACAAGCGGAAUAAUCGAAAAUGUUCGUAAUUGAAACACACGAGGAUAAAAUUUUAUAGGAAUUUCAACAAGGAAUUGCAACUAAGGCGAUACCUUGCAGAGGUGUGAAGACAAGCAUUCAUAAUUUAUAGUGAAAAUUCAGACCAUUUAAGACAUACCAGUUAUUCGAACGUUAAUAGCAGAUAAUGAACGCAAAAACAAAAUGUGAACAAUGCGAUUUUGAUAUCUGAAGACAGUUUAGAGAUAUGUCUGAAGUUUUACAAUUGCAAGUUGAAACAUCAAUGAAAGCUGAAAAUGUUUUUGUCGCACCUUUGCCUGAAACCAAAACAAGGUUUGCUGAACACUCUUAAAGUUACUAAUGAAAACAUAUCGUAGCAGAAACAGAAUGCUUCUGUGACAGGAAUUUUUUGCCGAUGAAAGUAAUAUUAAAUAGCUGUUCCUAAAACGAAGUACUGUUAGUUGACUAUCUUUUGGAAAAAUUUUAUGAAAUGCGAUGCCUGAAAGAAGCUGAACUCGUUUCAGUUGUAAACAAUGAUCGGAACAAAGAUGAAGCCAAAGUUUUGUUCAGCAAGACCUGUCGACAUUUUGGUAGAGGCAGCCAGUUGGAGAUAUAGAUAGCUGAUGCUGUAUGAGAAAAUUUCAAUUGCUCCUAAGUUGCAUAUGUGCUGGUAACUCUUCAUAGCUAGUCGUCUAACAAGAAGUCUGGCUUUAUUUGCUGAAAAGAAUUCUCAAUCUUGCACCUGCUGGAUUCAAUUACUCAAUAGCUCCUUAACAUUGGCAGAACCUGUUCAACAUUGCCGGCCAAUACUCGAUAUUUUCAUUGGUAGCAAGGUUAACAAAAUGGCGUGAUUCACACAAAGCAACACACCUUGCCUAAAGAACAUCGUUCUACAGUCUUGAAUUGAAAGAGGUUCUAGAUACCGCUUUCGCAUUUCAGUUCGACUGGGUGAAGUCAGAUGCCAUUUGCUUCACAAGAGCAUCACGAUAUUGCACCUUUGAGCGUCUUUGCUAGAAUGGAUGUCAUUGCAAUUAUUUGCUGCAUGGUACUGUCAACUCAAAGCUAUUUUGUAUCUGCUGCGAGUAACCAAACUAAGAUGGGUGACGACGAAGUUACGAAGAUGAUCAAAGUUAUGUUGACAAAUUACGAAAGAAAAAUUAGGCCAAAUUACACAGGUGAUCCAGUUAAAGUUCAGGUUGAUGCCAGCGUCAUGUCGUUUGGAAAGCUGGAUACACUAAACAUGGCUUUUACUCUGGAUAUGUUUUUCCGACAAACAUGGAAAGACCAUCGCCUUAGGCAUAACUUGACAAGAAUUCUGACCCUUACAUGCGGAACCAAGCAUCCUGCAGACAUCAUUUGGGUUCCAGACACGGUGUUCAUUAACUCGAUGAAAUCAACUAUGCACAGUGUAACAGUCAAUAACCACAAAUUGGAUAUUUAUCCAAAUGGACAGGUAUUUUGGGGCACAAGAGUAACAGUUUCACCAUCAUGCAAGCUUAACCUGAGAAGUUAUCCUAUGGACACUCAACAUUGCAAGUUCGAGAUAGUGAGCUAUGCACACGUUGCUCGAGACUUGAUUUACUCUUGGAAAAUAAAUCCAGGCAUCAAAAUCCUCGAUAAGACGAUGUCCCAGUUUGAACUCACUGCUUAUCAGUCAAAAGAAGAAAUGGUUGGCUACGUAGCAGGUAGAUACUCCAUGUUAACUGUUGCUUUUACGUUCAAACGGUUAAUGGGUCACUCGAUACUUCAAAUCUACAUUCCAUGUGUUGCUGUUGUGUGUGUUUCCUGGAUUUCGCUUUGGAUAGACAGGAAAUCAACACCCGCAAGAGUCGCUCUGUGUAUCACAACACUUUUGACGGUUGCAACUCUUUGGGGCAGCGCCAAUUCAACAUUGCCAAGAGUUAACUACAUCAAGGCUGUUGACGUGUACUUGCUGACGUCAUUUGUGUUCGUGCUUUGCACACUGAUUGAGUACGUGUUAGUCCUGAACUGUGAGAAUAUCAUAAUUAAUAGACGCAAGAAGAAAAAACAUGCAAAGAAAGAGGUGGAGGAAACUCUAAUAAAAGUUGGUUUGGAGCUGAAAGAUCCUUACGAGAGGCACAGCCACAAGAGGCUAUCAACUGACCCGCCUCCCUCUAGCAUGAGCGCCAUCAUCAAUCGGAAAUUCACCGUGAAUGGAAAUAUCAACAAACAGACAGAAAAAACAAAGACUGAAGCAAAAGACUCCGUGCUUGCUGAUUAUGUUGAGAAUGUAGCGAGGGCCUUGUUUUUAAUAGUGUAUAUGGUAUUUAACUGUGUGUAUUGGGCAAAGUACAGGAAUUCAAAAUAGGCCGGCAAUUUCAAAUCUAAUUAUCAACAUUUCAAAUUUAGUUUCGAAAGAUCGUUAUGAAUCUGCAAGCCCCGAGAGGCAUAUCAAGGGUUGGAAUAAAGAGCGUCUUUAAACUCAAUUUUCCUGUUGGCGUUUUAUGCAAUACGUAGAAUCUACGAAAAAGAAAUGUGUCAGAAAGAUAAAAUAAAAUGUCCUCUUAAACGUAAAAGUUAAACAGUUGCUUCUUUUGAUUGGGUCCUUAAGUGGAAUCACUAGAGCAGUUAAAAUUGCAAACAUUCAAAAAAAUUUUGAUGGUUUCUUAAGCGCCAUACUGGAACCAAUGCCCUUUAGGACAUCAUCAAGCCAUUUAAAGUGUGACAAAAUUUGAACUAUUUGCACACCCUGGAAUAUUUUUCCCGCUGUGCUCCUGUAGCUCCCUAAUUAUUUUACUUAC